GGGCGCUUUUUGGGUUGGAUAACGUCGUGCGUAGUACGGUGGUUAACGUGGCAAGAACCAAUGUAACCCUAUCACCGUCACCUUUACCGUAUGCGUCUGAAAAGUGAGACUGCUAUAGCAAUUCCUGAAGUAUUACAGUCUCACUGCUUUCGCUUCGUAAUCCUCUCGGCAUUUGCGACAAUGCCAUCCGCUAGCAGCAUGCGCCGCGCUGGAUCACUUCUAGCCAGGCUGGCGCUUCGGGAGGCCGAGCCGGUGGCGGCUUCUGGAGUGUCGUCGACUUUCGCGGGCGUCCGGGCGAUCGGCAAUGCCGCCGCGAGUGGUGGCAUUUCUUCUCUUGCCAAGCUGACAGCUCGGAAUGUCGUUACCCGUGGCUUGUCCAGCAGCAGCGCUUGCCGCUUGGACAGCGACGUGUACUCCAUGGACACCAUCAUGUAUCCAAUGCCACAGGUGCGCGUGGGCGCAACUGCUCCCGACUUCUCCGCUCCAGCUGUUGUGGACGGUGAGAUCUCCAAGAUCAGCCUGUCGGACUACAAGGGCAAGUACGUGUGCCUCUUCUUCUAUCCAAAGGACUUCACGUUUGUGUGCCCAACUGAGAUCAUCGCCUUCUCGGAUCGCGCCAAGGAGUUUGCGGAUCUCAACUGCCAACUGAUCGCCGCCUCAACCGACACCGAGGAGUGCCACCUGGCCUGGAUCCGCACGCCCCGAAACCGGGGAGGCCUGGGCUUCAUGCAGAUCCCCAUCCUGGCUGACACCACCAAGGAGAUCUCGGCGCGAUACGGUGUGCUUAUUGAGAAGCUGGGUAUCGCGCUGCGAGGCUUGUUCAUCAUCAAUCCCGAGGGGGUGGUGCAGCACAUCACGGUUAACGACCUACCCAUCGGCCGUUCCGUGGACGAGGCACUUCGCACGCUGCAAGCCAUCCAGUUCCACGCCAAGCAUGGGGAGGUGUGCCCCGCCAACUGGCACCCCGGCUCCAAGACCAUGGUGGCUGACAGCGAGAAGUCGCUCGAGUACUUCAAAGAGGUCAAGGAGGAUGAGUCGCCGUUCGGCAGCAAGCUCAAGGUGAUCGGCAGCAAGGCCGAGUACGACAACCUGGUGGCCGCGGGGGGCCCCCUGGUGGUGGACUUUUACGCACCCUGGUGCGGCAAGUGCCGGCAGAUCGGCCCCUUCCUGGACUCCCUAGUAGACAAGUACCCCGGCGUGACAUUCGCCAAGUUCGACACCACUGCCCCGGCGCUGGAGGCGCUGUCCGGGCAGCUGGGGGUGCAAGCGCUGCCCGCAUUCCGCUUCUUCAAGGGCGGCAAGGAGGCGCGCGAGGCCGUCACCGGAUACAAGAAGAAGCUGCUGGAGGAGGCGGUGGCUGAACUGCUGUAGGGGGGCGGCAGUGGGGGGGCUGUGGGGUAGAGGUGGAUGAAGUGGAGGAGGAGGAGGAGGAUGAAGGGUGACGGUUGCGGCGCUGUGAGGAGGGAAGAGGAGGAGCAGGAAGUGCGGUGGAACGUGUAGGGAGCGCGGAAGAGGAGGAGGAGCUUAACCCGGGUUUGUGUGUCAAGCCAAUUGUUGCCGGUUGUUGCCAUUAGUAAGUGGUUGGUAAGCGUAGCAGCUGCCGUUGACUGUUGGCCGUCGCGCGUUUGUCCAGGGGAGUGCUGGAACGAACGCUUGCGUGUACACAUGCGUGAAUCAGGCGCCCCAGCGCAGCGCCACUUUUGCCUGCCGCCUCUCCGCCUGCUGCGGGAAUAAUGUUGGCGGCAA